CCCUUUCUUUUCUUCUCAAACUUUUGUAGCAGAAAGAAAGUAAAAGGAGAAAAAAACUUGCAAAGCUUAAAAAAACGCAGCGUUUUGAAAGGCUGACGAUUCUGGCUUUCCCUACCAUGGAAGCUUUCAGUCUCCUCAACUACUGGAAGAACAAUGGUGGCGGUGGUGUUUCCUCCGGCCUUAGCUUCCUCCCUCCUCAGUCCUCCGACUCUUCUUGCCGUUACUCCGGCGAAGCCACCACCAUUGUCACCUCCGUCUCUGUCAAGGAAACCGAGGAAGAAGAUGCAGGAGACGACGAAGGACCGUUCUUUGAUCUCAAGUUCGCUGUUCCGGUUGAAGAAGAAGAAGAAAGCGAAGAACACGGAGAUGAAGUUUCCGAAGACGACGUCGGAGGAGGAAAAAGCGGAGAGGGAGAUUCCGACUGUACGGAGGGUGGUUGUGAGUACAAGUUCACGCUCUCGUCGUGUUCAGGCGGAGAAGAUGAGGGAGUAGAUCAAGACCUUAUAGUCUCUCCUUCCGGCGACGUUUACUUAAAGGGACAGAUCGUCGAGGAGGUUGAACCGCCGUCAACGGGAACAGAGCAGACAUGCUCCGUCAAAGCUCCGGCGGCGCAGUUAUCGGCGUCGAUUUUGAAAUCAGCUACUAAGCUUCUUGUGUUCAUGCUCGGCAUGAAGAAAUCAAAGCUACUCCUGGCGAAAUCUGGAGACUUGGACAAGCAAAAUCCACCUCUUCCUCCGUCGCAACCACCGUCUCAGUCGCCGGAGUCUCAACUGAAAAGUACCGUUACUGUGAGUUUAAAACCGGAAGAAGUGCCUGUAGUUUCUCUCUUCACGAGAGAUAACAGCUUAAGAAACUCCUCAUCCUCGUCUUCUUCUCCGUGUACGUCCACCACCACGAAGAGGCAAAACGGCAGCGAGCCUGUCGUUUCGGAAGAGAACCGGUUCGUGAUGAUGCAAAAGUAUUUGAAGAAAGUGAAGCCUCUCUACGUCCGAGUUUCGCGUCGUUACGGCGAGAAGUUGAAGCACUCCGGCCCGUUAAGCUUGGACUCCUCCGCUCCGGCGACUAUACCCGCGGCGGAGAAAGCGGGGUCUCCGGUGAAGAAGGCUCAUAAACCGGGAAACAUAAACAUCAAUAUUCCGGCGGGUUUUAAAGUAGUGAGGAAGCACCUCGGUAAAAGCAGAUCCUCUUCCUCGACGACCACGAUUCCGCCGGCGACUACUGUUACGACGUCGUCUGAGUCAAGGAGACGUGACGACUCGCUUCUGCAGCAGCAAGAUAGCAUUCAAAGCGCCAUUUUACACUGCAAAAGAUCUUUCAAUUCCUCUCGAGAUAAAGAUCCGUCGGUGUUACCAAGAUCGGUAAGUGAUUCAUCCUCUUACGAUAAAUGAGACAAUCGUGGAUCUUUUUCUCGCAUAAUAAUUAUGUUUAUUGUAAAUACUAGUAUAUUUUUAGCUUUGUACUUUGGUAAGAGUGGUAGCAGCUAUGUUUGGUCAUGUAGUGAUGAUGACUAAUGAAACUUUCGAACAUGAAAAGCUUAUGAAGAAGAAAAAUAGACUUCUUCUUCUUCCUUUUGCAUCAUCUUUUUGAGGGUUAAGGGGAAAUAACUUGAAAUAGAUAACUGAUUGAUGUAUUAUUCGUUAUGCCCUAUUGUCAUAUGGGAUUAUAGAAAAUUGUUGGUGUUGUCUAGAAUAUGUGACAAAAAGCAGUGGUUAAAGAGUGGGCAAAAGAUGUUAACCAUGUCAUUUACUUUGAA